UAUUGGCUGCGCCGCCCAUCGGUCGUUGACACUCCCCCAGCACGCGUGUUUGGCUUUAGCGUGGGUAGAGUGGAGAGAAUCGGCCCUCUGUGCCUGCAGAGGGGACCGCCACAUGGGUGCCUUCUCCUAUGUUCUGCCCAGCUUCCUCCCUUAUUCCUGCGCUGUCCCUAAGUCACCUCCAAGCCGUCCUUCAGCUCAAUGUGGGCUGGAAGGCUUUUGUUUCUGAUUUUGACCUCUCACCACGCAGGGCUGGUCACCCGGUACCUUCUUGCAGCAGGCUCUAGAGCUGACUCCUGCCCGACAGACACCUUCCAGUGUCUUACCAGUGGCUAUUGUGUGCCCCUUUCCUGGCGCUGCGAUGGGGACCGGGACUGCUCUGAUGGCAGUGACGAGGAAGAGUGUAGCAUUGAGUCAUGUGCUCAGAAUGGGCAGUGCCAACCACAGUCUGCCCUUCCUUGCUCCUGUGACAACAUCAGUGGUUGCUCUGUUGUCUCUGACAAGAACCUCAACUGCAGCCGCCCACCCUGUCAGGAGAGUGAGCUGCGUUGCAUACUGGAUGAUGUCUGUAUUCCACACACGUGGCGCUGUGAUGGCCACCCAGACUGUCCUGACUCCAGUGAUGAGCUCAGCUGUGACACUGACACAGAAAUUGACAAGAUAUUCCAGGAGGAGAAUGCCACAACUACAAGGAUUUCUACGACCGUGGAGAAUGAGACCUCUUUCAGGAAUGUAACAUUUACCUCUGCUGGGGACUCAUCCCGAAACCCAAGUGCCUAUGGGGUUAUUGCAGCUGCUGGGGUGUUGAGUGCCAUCCUGGUUUCGGCCACCCUUCUCAUAUUGCUACGCCUCCGAGGUCAGGGUUAUCUGCCCCCACCAGGGCUGUUGGUGGCUGUGAAGGAGUCGCUGCUGCUGUCAGAAAGGAAAACCUCUCUGAUCUGAGGACACAUGGUUACCACCUGGCCCUGAGUGCAGUCAGACUGGGACAGAGGAGCAGUGGAACAUGCAAGGAGCUUCUGGCUUCUCAGCUUUGAGACCUGGGCUCUUUGGAGCACAGAGAACUUUGAUUUUUAAGCUUCUACAGAUACGGUCCUAGAGGCUGGGGUCCUCAGACACUCCCUUUGUAUGUGGUGAGCUUGGCUGGAAAAUUGCCAUAGCCAGGACUGAGGGGCUGGCCCCAGGAUGCUCUCAAGAAAUGGGGCUACUGUGGUUUAGACACUCCUGCUGCUCACAUUGAUGGGUGGCUAUUAAAGUUUCUUCACCCCUC